CAUGAUAUUUCUUUGUCAUUGUCUUCGGUCAUCAUCUUCAUCUCCAAUUAUAUCUUCUUCUUGCCGAUGUCGAGGAUCUCUGAAUCUUGAAGAUAAAGCGAGCCUUAGUUUAUUAAUUGUUAGAUUGAGUUAGUUUGUUAGCGGCGGGAUGUAAGAAAUAAGAGAAAUGUUUGAGAGAUUGGGAUAUUUUGUCAAUUAAGAAGACCUAUUGAAAAUGGUGUUCUUUCCUUUCCACUUGUCCAAUACUAAUCUUAAUCUCCGUCUCUUCUUUCUCUUCUCUGUAACUGUAAUAACGCUUCUUCUUCCAACUAGAAGUGAAAUCAAUUUUAACACUUCGUCUGUGUUUGAGGGUAAAAAGCACACAAACAAGGUCUCGACAACAGACAAGGAACGCAAUCUUAAAGUCGAUGAUGUCUUCACGGCGUGCUAUCGGAGGAAAAAUUGCAGGAGCAGUUUCAUUACACGCACACGCUUACCGAGAAGUGACGGUGAUUCUGCUAACGUGGCACCGCUAAUUUACACAACCACGAAAGUAUCGCUUGCGGCAACUUAUACUGUGGUAACAGUUAAUCCUAGUUCUAAUGCUACAGCUUGCAGCACAGGUCGUUGCAAUUCAACUUCUCCAACUCCAUUCUAUGUAACACCGCAGCCAUUAUCAUCGCCACCACCACCAUUGCGAACUCCACUCUAUAUAACACCACGACCAUUAUCAUCUCCACCAUCAAAAUCACCACCAAUGCUAUCACCGCAACCAACAUUAUCACCACCACGAACAUGGGUACCUGCAUAUUCAUCGCCAAGUUCUUCUUUGUCACCAUUGCCAAUAUCAAAACCAGUUGAAACACUUAAGGGUAAUCUGAUACGGAAAAUCAUUAUAGGUGUUGCAAGUGCAGUAAUGGGAGGAUUCAUGAUAUGCAUCAUAAUUUGUUGUUUUAGAUAUAAGUCAUUAGCCCGACCAUUCAAAUUUUUUAGGUCCACAAAGAGUAAUCAAGAUAUUGAAGCAUUCUUAAAAAUUCAUGGAGCUGUAUCACAGAAAAGAUACAAAUUUUCAGAAGUAAAGAAAAUGACCAAUUCCUUCAAAGUUAAACUUGGUCAAGGUGGUUUUGGUGCAGUAUAUGAAGGAAAGCUACCCACUGGUUGUCCUGUGGCUAUAAAGAUAUUGAAUGCAUCCAAAGGAAGUGGUGAAGACUUUAUUAAUGAGGUUGCUAGCAUAAGUAGAACCUCUCAUGUUAAUAUUGUUACACUUCUUGGAUUUUGUUUGGAAGGCCGCAAGAAAGCUCUCAUCUAUGAGUUUAUGGCUAAUGGUUCCCUAGAAAAGUUUAUCUACAAAGGAGGGCCAGAAACCAUUGCAUCUUUGAGUUGGGAGAAUUUGUAUCAAAUCUCAAUAGGGAUUGCUCGUGGGUUGGAGUACUUGCACAGGGGAUGCAACACUCGGAUUUUGCAUUUUGACAUAAAACCACAUAAUAUUCUUUUGGAUGAGAAUUUUUGUCCCAAAAUAUCAGAUUUUGGGCUAGCAAAGCUGUGUCCUAGAAAAGAGAGCAUUAUUUCUAUGUCAAAUACAAGAGGGACAAUGGGGUAUGUUGCUCCAGAAAUGUGCAAUAGACAUUUUGGUGGAGUUUCACACAAGUCUGAUGUUUAUAGCUAUGGAAUGAUGUUGCUAGAAAUGGUAGGAGGGAGGAAAAACAUUAAUGCUGAAGCCAGUCACACAAGUGAGUUAUACUUCCCAUAUUUGGUAUACAGAAGGCUUGAGUUGGAUAAUGAUUUAAGACCGGAUGAGGUGAUGACCGUAGAAGAAAAUGAGAUUGCAAAGAGAAUGACCAUAGUGGGUUUAUGGUGCAUUCAAACGUUUCCGAAUGAUAGACCUACAAUGAGUAAAGUGAUAGAUAUGUUGGAAGGCAGCAUGAAUUCCUUGGAAAUUCCUCCAAAACCUAUGUUUUCUUCUCCUACCAGAUCAGUGACGGAAUCGUCCUCUUGAAAUAAAUUAUAUUUUUAGGCCAAUCUUUAAGUUAUAUUGUAAACAAAUCACUCAAAAUAUUUAUCGGUACUUUUAAUCAUCCUGAAAAGCAAAUGGAUUUCAUGUGUGUUAAAUUGCAGCUACAUUGAUUGCAAAAGUCGGACCAAUUGUGUCAUAAGUCAUAACUUUCUUGUAACGAGCCAAAUCAAAGUAUAUAACACUGGCAAUAGCUCUACAUUCUAGUCUGAUUAGGUUAUAUAGUAUUUUCCUCCAACUUUUAAAAAUUAGAACUACAACUAUAUAGUUCUGAAGU